AUGUUGUUUGAACAUUGUUUGUAUGCAUUAUUUUACUUACUUUUAAAAUUAAAUUUCUUCUAUGUAAACGGUGAACUGUUGAAUGUUCGACAAGAUAUUAAUAAAAACAAUGAGGAUGCCUAUUAUGAUGGUGAUUCACAACAAUUUAAUAAUAUUCAAACAUCAGAUUGUUCUAUACAAUGUCCACCAUAUUGGACAGAGCCUGUUCAACAAAUUCAAUCAUUAGUUUAUCCAGCUGCUGCAUUUGUAUCAUUAAAAUGUCCAUAUAAUGGAAAACCGACACCUCAAUUAACAUGGUAUAAAGAUGAUCAAGUGUUUGUGCCAAAAAGUUAUGAAUUAUCUGAUUUGUAUUCAAUAGACAAUUAUUAUUUGAAUAUAUCAAAAGCAACAAUGUAUGAAAAAGGAAUAUAUAAAUGUAUGAUAGAAAAUAGUCUUGGAAAUAUUAGUCGUUCAUUUGAACUACGCGUACAAGGUCGAAGUUUUGAUCGUGCAGUAAUAUUAUCACAAACAACAAAUCAAACAUUAUACGAAGGUGAUAAUGUAACAUUUGAAUGUUAUUUUUACAGUGAUUCAAGUCCAUUUGUACAAUGGUUUAUACAACGUUCAAUAUUUCAAGAAUUCAAAUUUAUCAAGGAAUAUAAUCCACAAACAAUGACUGAAGACGAAGUGAAAUUAAUGACAAUAAAUAAUGCACAAAUUAAUGAUACUGGCACCUAUCUUUGUCGCGUUUUAAAUGAAUAUGGUUUUGUCGAUUUAUUACAUCAUUUAAAUGUAUUACCAGGUGCACUUCGUCCUACAUUACCACCAAUACGUCAUCAAAUAGCGGGCAUGGUUGAAGAAUUAAUUAUUGCCAUUACUUCUGUUAUUGCUAUACUCAUAUUUAGUUUUACACUCUUUCUUAUCUAUCAUUGUCGUAAUCAAAAAAGUUUACGUCGUUCACUAUUGGCAACACGAAUACUUGCAACAGGAGGCAGUGAAAAUUUAAAAGGAAAUCCAAUAUAUCGAAGUGAAUUUGAAUCAAAAACAAAACGUCCAUUAUUAGAAGAUGGAUGCCGUCGAUUUCCAACAGAAGCAACAAUAUCAACUAUUAUAUCAUCGUAUUAUGAUGAUCAAUGCGAAUUUUCUCGUGAAAAAUUAAUCAUGGGACAUCUACUCGGAAAGGGUGCAUUUGGUUUUGUUUAUCAAGCAAUAGCCUACAAUAUUAUACCUGGUGAACAAUCAACAACGGUGGCAGUCAAAACCGUACGAGAUGAUGCAACAACUGACGAAAUUGAAAAUUUACUUAAAGAACUUGCUGUCAUGAAAAUGGUGGGAAAACAUCCAAAUAUUAUCAAUUUAUUUGGUUGUUGUACAAAAGGAGGACAAGUCAUGUUAAUUGUUGAAUACGCUAAAUAUGGAAAUCUUCGUGAUUAUUUAAGAUGCAAGCGACCCAGUGGUCAUGUACUAUCUGGUUCAUUUGAAUCAGAAGAAAAUGAUGAUUAUCACGUAGAUGAAAUAAUAGAUACUUUAACCACACUUGAUUUAUUAUUAUUUUGUUUGCAAGUAGCAUCCGGCAUGGACUAUUUACAUUCGAAAAAAUGUAUCCAUCGUGAUUUGGCUGCACGCAAUGUACUUUUAGCAGAAAAUCGCGUAUGUAAAAUUUGUGAUUUUGGCUUAGCUCGUGAUCUAACACAAAAUUAUUAUUAUCGUAAACAAACAGAUGGACGUGUUCCGGUAAAAUGGAUGUCACCUGAAGCAUUAUUCGAUAGAAAAUUCUCUACAAAAUCAGAUAUUUGGUCAUUUGCCAUUCUUGCUUGGGAAAUAAUGACAUACGGUGGUACUCCUUAUCCGUCUGUACCAGCUGAAAAAUUAUUCGAUUAUCUACGAGAUGGUAGUAGGAUGUCAAAGCCAGCCAAUUGUCCAAAUGAAAUUUUUAAAAUAAUUGAAAAUUGUUGGGAAUUCAAAGAAAAUUUACGACCAUCAUUUCAGCAAGUUUGUGAACGAUUACAGCGGUAUUUGUAUGGUACAAGUCCAAUUGAUUAUUCUGAUUUGGACUAUGUUGACUUACCAUUAUCUCCAUCCACUAGCGAUUUUGCACAAACACUGUUUCCUACAUCAACCAGAACUACAACAAGGACAAACGAUGAUAUUGGGUCUAGUAUACCAAGUACAAUAACCACCGCAGCCACCUCUUCAUCAUCACUGACUUAG